AGCACCGCUGGGAUCAGCUCGCGGAGCCUCCCUAGUCGGGGUGUUCGAAACCUCUGGUUCUCGCACUGUGGUUCCAAGCGCGCGGCGGGGGCGGGCCAGGACCUGGACGCGAGCGGGGCGCGGCUGUGCGGCCAGGGCCGGGGGCCGGGAGCCGGGCGAGGCCUGCGGGCGUUGCCUGGAUCCCCCAGCUGGGCCGGGUCGGAUGCCUCCGCCCCGGAAGGCCCGCUUCGUCAGCUGUCCGCCCGCACGCCUGGGUGGCUCAGUCCGCUGAGGCCCGGCCGGCUCUGAGAGUGGGGUACACCUUUGGUACCUGCGAGCAGGGGGAGACAUUUUACUUCAAAUAAAGAACAUGGUGAAACUAAUUCACACCUUAGCCGAUCAUGGUGAUGAUGUCAACUGCUGUGCGUUCUCCUCUUCCCUCUUGGCUACUUGCUCUUUGGACAAAACAAUUCGCCUGUACUCCCUAAGUGACUUUACCGAGCUGCCCCACUCGCCAUUGAAGUUUCACACCUAUGCUGUCCACUGCUGCUGUUUCUCCCCUUCAGGACAUGUUUUGGCUUCCUGUUCAACAGAUGGUACCACUGUCCUGUGGAAUACUCAGAACGGAGAGACUUUGGCAGUGAUGGAACAGCCCACUGGUAGCCCCGUGAGGGUUUGCCAGUUUUCCCCAGACUCCACCUGUUUGGUAUCAGGGGCAGCUGAUGGAACGGUUGUUUUAUGGAAUGCCCAGUCAUACAAGUUAUAUAGAUGUGGUAGUGUUAAGGAUGGCUCCUUGGUGGCCUGUGCAUUUUCUCCGAAUGGAAACCUCUUUGUCACUGGCUCCUCGUGUGGAGAUUUAACAGUGUGGGAUGAUACAAUGAGGUGUCUACAUAGUGAAAAAGCACACGAUCUUGGAAUUACCUGCUGUGAUUUUUCUUCACAGCCAGUUUCUGAUGGAGAGCGUGGUCUUCAGUUUUUUCGAUUGGCAUCAUGUGGUCAGGAUUGCCAGAUCAAAAUUUGGGUUGUUUCUUUUACCCAUAUCUUCGGUUUUGAAUUAAAAUAUAAAAGUACACUGAGUGGGCACUGUGCUCCUGUUCUGGCUUGUGCUUUUUCUCAUAAUGGGCAGAUGCUAGUCUCGGGAUCAGUGGAUAAGUCUGUCAUAGUAUAUGAUACUAAUACUGAGAGUAUACUUCACACGUUGACUCAGCACACCAGGUAUGUCACAAGUUGUGCCUUUGCACCCAAUACCCUUUUACUUGCUACUGGUUCAAUGGACAAAACAGUGAACAUCUGGCAAUUUGAUCUGGAAACACCUUGCCAAGCAAGGAGCACAGAAGAUCAAGCGAAGCAGUUUACUGAAGAUUGGUCAGAGGAUGAUGUCUCAGUGUGGCUUUGUGCACAAGGUUUAAAUGACCUUGUUGGUAUUUUCAAAAUGAAUAACAUUGAUGGAAAAGAACUGUUAAAUCUCACCAAAGAAAGUCUGGCUGAUGAUUUGAAAAUUGAAUCUCUAGGGUUGCGGAGUAAAGUUCUGAGGAAAAUUGAAGAGCUCAGAACAAAGGUGAAAACCCUUUCUUCUGGAAUUCCUGAUGAAUUUCUGUGUCCAAUAACUAGGGAGCUUAUGAAAGAUCCUGUCAUUGCAUCAGAUGGCUAUUCAUAUGAAAAGGAAGCAAUGGAAAAUUGGAUAAGCAAAAAGAAACGUACAAGUCCCAUGACGAAUCUCGUUCUUCCUUCAGUGGUACUUACACCAAACAGGACUCUGAAAAUGGCUAUCAGCCGAUGGCUAGAGACACAUCAAAAAUAAAGUUGUUUAUAUUGUUUAUA